GUUCCAUGAUCCAGACUCAGCAGUUGUGGCACAGCAUCUGACAAAUACUGUAUUCGUUGACAGAGCUUUGAUAGUCGUACCAUAUGCAGAAGGUUUGUGCUUUGUUUUAACUACCUGUGUGGGCAUCCUAAGAUGACCAUCUACCUCAGUAUAGUUGUAGAAUGAGCACUAGUAGCAUGUUACAAUCUAAGCAAUUAACAUUUUGAAACCCUUGUUAUACUGCAGUACAUAAUUCUUACUUGCAGUUUUUUUUUAAUUCUAAUUAUUAGAAAUCAGAUAUUUUUAAAAGAAUCUUAUCUUUUGCUUUCACAUUCAUUGAAAUCACUCCUAAUUGUAACUCUCUGAGAUACAUCUACUUGGUUAAUGUUAGAUUUUAUGAAAAAGUCCCAAAGGUAAAUGGCUAACUCCAUGAACACUUAAGWAAAAGAAAAAAUCCUCAAAGUGCAUGUUGUUUUUGUUUUAAAUAAGUGACUAGGUUAGUCUUAUUUCCUUGAACUGAUAACUUGUGCAAAAACAAACCAAAAAAAAAAAAUCCCACGUUGAAUUCCAGUAUACCAAGGGUUGCAAUGAUACUGGUUUUUGUGAAAGUUCAAGAUUUCCUAUAGCUUAGGUGCCAGAUGGGCACUGGGUAUUUUGUUUUUAUGCCAGAUUUUCUUGUUCAUUCUUGUUAUAUUUUCUAGAAUAUCUCUAAAUAAUAAAUUCUUCUCUCUGUUAUUUGUGUGUGUGAUUUUUGUAGUGGAGAAGGCAAAUGCAAAACCCUUCCAGAUGACUGAAAAACAGUGGGUCCUCUGCAGCUACAGGGGAUUCUAGACAUUAACUAAAGGCCAGCAAGCACUCAAGUCCCCCAAGUGUUUUCCUGGUGUAAUCAUUUGUUAACUACAUUUUCUCUCUUUUUACAUUUUAGGCUGUUAAUUUGACAGAAAAAUAUGAGCAGGUUUUUUGGAUCUAAAAAAGCCACUGUGACAAGACAACACUAUUUUAAUACCAUUUUGUAAAAAUUUCUAAGGCAUAUUUUAUAAUUAGUUUGUUCCCAGUGUACUGCUACUUGAUUUGCUUUUUGGUAACUAUAAAUUUUGAUCAAAGAAAUCACAUGAUAAAAUUAAUGGAUUUUAAGUUAAUAAUUUACUGACCAGGAUUUACUUGCUUUCCCCUUUGUUUAAUAAACUGGUCAGUGGAAGCAGAAUCUUGUUAUUGUUGAUUUUAGAUGCUAUUGGAUCUUUGAAUACAAAUGUGAACAUUUACACCAUACCUUGUAAAAGUUGUGAAAUGUCUAAAUUUGGAGAAAUUGCCUCUGGUUUUCUAAAGAAAUUAAGUUAUAUUCAGAGAUGGGUUAAGGCAUGCUAUUUAAUAAGUACAUUUAUCUCCAUAAUAUUAAAUUGUAUGGGCUCAAUUUUAAGGUUCUUAAAAAUAGAUAAUUUUUGAGUUAGUAUGUUUUGGUUAAGCAUUUCUUUUAUGUCACUUGUGCCUAUUAUAGGAUAAGACUAAAUCACCAACAGAAAAUUGUUACAGAGUUUACAAUUCAGGAUGAGUAGAAUAUAUAUAGGUCUUGAAACAAGGGUCAAACCAUGUGAGUAAUAUGCAAAAUGUUUGAGUUAGCCAUUAAAUUUAAAGAAUGCUUAUUGGCAAAGUGUUACAGUUACCAACCCUGGAACAUAAUACAGUAUAUCAUAUAACUGACUUUCAUAAAUAUUUUUAGGUCCCAGUAAUUUUUUAGAUCUGGUUUUGAAAGUGAGGUUGGGGAAUACAUAAGAGAAUUACAGAAGUAUUUAGUUCUGAAAUCUAUUUUUGCUAUAUUUAAUUAUGGUAUGAUAUGCUGUAUUCAUGUUAUCUCCACUAAGUAAUUUGAUGUAUUCAAUUCCUUUGUCACCAUUCACUCUGGUUUUAGCUCUUACACUUUGGUGUUGGCUCUUGGUCAGUUGUUUUAGAACAAUAGACAAAAAGUCUACGGUAAGGAACAGUCUUAAUUGAUAAAACAUAUAGCCAGUUUGGAAGGAACUCUUUAAAGUAAUGGAUAUGGGGGUUAUUUAGGUUCCUUUGGUUAAUGUUUGUUUCUUUUGUCUGUUUCUUUUUCUUUCAUUUCUACACAUUCAUGCAGUAUUUCAUGGUUCUAUCAAAGCAGCAGUAAAAAAAAUACUCUUGACGCAUGAAAAUUAACUGUUCUUUUCCCUGGUUCAGCCUGAACUAUAUACCAGGCCCUGCUGAAAAUACCACCCAACAGUUUUCUUCUGCAGCUUAUCCAGUUUCUCUUAAGUGCCCUGUACAUAUUGUAUGUUUUAUGAUGAGAUGCAGUUUCUUAAUAUGUAUUACAGAAAUACUACUGGUAUUUGCAAAUAUGUAGUUUAAUUGUAUUAUUGAACUCUCAUUUUGGGGGCUUGGGCACAUUAACAGAUUAAUCCAUCUGUAUAGGGCUUUUGCUGUUGGAUAGAAUUUAAAUUGUCUACAUAAAUAUUUGUCUUAGGACCCUUAGAUUUCAUCUGAAUACACAGAUUAGGCUUUAAAAACAGACACACAUGUCAUUUGGGGCAUAAGAAGUUUGGCUCAGUUAGCUUUUGAACUGACAGUAGCAUUUUUUUGGUAUGGUUAGCAUGGCACAUAUUGGAACAUAAAGCAUUUUACUGUACAGGUAAGGAAUGUGCCAUGUUGUUUUACCUAUUCUCUCUCACUCAGUACCACCCCCCCACCCCCACACACACACACAUUCCGUGUGUAUUCAGAAACAUUCAUAUUCAUUUUCAUGAGUCAGCAAAAGCCCUACGCUUGAUUCCAACAGAAUAUUUCCUUUACAUACUUUUCUUCUCUUAAUUUUUACAAAAUUUGUAUGGUAGGUGUAAAAAAAAAUCAUAGUAACUGUACCAUAUUAUUAACCCCUAAAUCAAACUUUUUUUGUCUUGUGUAUCUUGAUUUUUCUGUGUGCUUUAUAGUGAAGCAGCCGACACGAGUCGUUGUUCAUAAAACAGCUUUUGAAAGUUGAGAGCACACCCCUGGAGAACCGACUGUGCUUGCUUACGUUUGGUUCAUGACUUAAAAAUCGAGUACAGGAGUUAUUCCUGAUGAGACUAAGGCUUUGUCUCUGUUGGCACCAGCAAAUGCAGUGGCAGGUCUUCUGCCUGGUGGUGGACUCCUGCCUACACCUAACCCACUUACCCAGAUUGGCGCCGUUCCAUUGGCUGCUUUGGGAGCUCCUACUCUUGAUCCUGCCCUUGCUGCACUUGGGCUUCCUGGAGCAAACUUGAACUCUCAGUCUCUUGCCGCAGAUCAGUUGCUGAAGCUUAUGAGCACUGUUGAUCCCAAGUUGAAUCAUGUAGCUGCUGGUCUGGUUUCACCAAAUCUGAAAUCAGAUACCUCUAGUAAAGAAAUAGAGGAAGCUAUGAAAAGAGUACGUGAAGCACAGUCCUUGAUUUCUGCUGCUAUAGAACCAGAUAAGAAAGAAGAAAAAAGAAGGCAUUCAAGAUCAAGAUCACGUUCUAGGAGGAGGCGGACUCCCUCAUCUUCUAGACACAGGCGAUCAAGAAGCAGGUCAAGGAGGCGAUCACAUUCUAAGUCAAGGAGUAGACGACGAUCCAAAAGUCCAAGACGGAGAAGAUCUCAUUCCAGAGAAAGAGGUAGAAGGUCAAGAAGCACAUCAAAAACCAGAGAUAAAAAAAAGGAAGACAAAGAAAAGAAACGUUCCAAAACACCACCAAAAAGUUACAGCACAGCCAGACGUUCGAGAAGUGCAAGCAGAGAGAGACGACGAAGAAGAAGCAGGAGUGGAACAAGAUCUCCUAAAAAGCCUAGGUCUCCUAAAAGAAAAUUAUCUCGCUCACCAUCCCCUAGGAGACAUAAAAAGGAGAAGAAGAAAGAUAAAGACAAAGAAAGAAGCAGAGAUGAACGGGAGCGAUCAACAAGCAAAAAGAAAAAGAGUAAAGAUAAGGAGAAGGACCGGGAAAGAAAAUCAGAGAGUGAUAAAGAUGUAAAACAGGUUACACGGGAUUAUGAUGAAGAGGAGCAGGGGUAUGACAGCGAGAAAGAGAAAAAAGAGGAGAAGAAACCAACAGAAACAGGUUCCCCUAAAACAAAAGAAUGUUCUGUAGAAAAGGGAACCGGUGAUUCACUAAGAGAAUCCAAAGUGAAUGGGGACGAUCAUCAUGAAGAAGACAUGGAUAUGAGUGACUGAGUACUGCCUCUGUGGGAGUCCAACUGUAUACAUGCAUCAGUGUCAUUCCUUUGUGUGAUUUAUUAAUGCUGUAUUUGUUCAUCUCAAUCCUAGAUGUAUACAGCUGAGUUAUAAAUGGUUAUAAAGCUCCUGAUAUUGAUAUUAGUUAUUUACAUCAAAAAGCUUUUAGAAAAUGGUACAUGGGUAACCAGCUCUUGUCGUGGUGAAAUCUGAUUGAGUAACCAAGCAGUUUUACUAUUCUGGUGCUGCUUCAUAACAAAAGUGAAAAGCUGCAUGCAUCUACAGCAGGCAUGGAUUGUUUAUGUUGUAUGAUCUCCUUUAUUACGUAAGUUCACUUAUAGUAUUUCUAGAAUUUGAUUCAUUGCCGUAAUAGAGCCAUGUAGGGAAUGCACUGAUUGCAUGUUAUUGUGGCAAGAAUAUCCUAAAUGUCAUUAAAAUCCUCCAACAUGAUGGAUCUACUUAUGGUCUUGUUUGUUGACAUGACAAAUUAACAUUCUUAGAGUUACAUCUGGAAAUGAGCAUUUGAAAUAGAUAAUCCUAUAAGCCUUGUGGCUCAAUUUUUGUGGCUUUUGUUUAACUUUUGAAAGGUUAUAUAUGCACUAACCUUUUUUGAUGGCUAAUUAGGCUUUAAUUACAGAAACAACAUUUCAAAUAAAACUGUCUUUGGCGGUGAGUAAAUAGCAACAUUUUGAAGUAGAGUUGUGUACUUUUUCAUGGGUGUUUGGGAAUUUUUUUUCCUAACGUAAUUUAUUCCAUAUCUACGUCAGUGAAAGUUAUCCGCCUAUCCUGAGUCCAUCUGUAAAAGAAAGUUGUAUCUUGUCCUGAUUUUCAAUUUUUUUUUUUUGUUUUAAGCUCACUUAUGGAAAAAAGGGUAGUGCAUUUUAAAUUGACCUUCGAUGCUUUUAAAAUAAGAUAGAUCUACUUGAUAAUGUACUUUUAUUUGAUCUCAAGUUGUACAAAACCAAGAAAUUUUGUGUUACUAUUACUAUAGUAGUAAUCUUAAUGCACACAGUGAUUCCAUGUUAUAUGCAAAGUAGUUAGGCAACUGUUUUCUUAGUUACAGGAGUUUCAGGCUUCACUUUUGUGCAGUAAAAACAAAAGUAGGCUACAGUCUGUGCCAUGUUGAUGUACAGUUUCUGAAAUUGUUUUACAAGACUUUGAUAAUAAAACCCUUAAACUUAUGUUCAUGUUCCUGUAAAACUGUAUUUGUAUUUAUUUACAUUAUUGAAUGUAAGACAUUUACCUCAUUCAUUUUACCAAUUUCUCUUUCUAUCCACAUUUAAAUACAGUAACAAUGAAAUCCAUCACCUUAUGCUGGUAUUUGCCAUCAGAAUUGUCAAAUAAUUGAAUUUCUAUCUAAAAUAGUCUUGAUAUAACUUUCUCAUAUUUUGGAUAUGGGAAUGGGGUUGGAUUACACCAUGAACUUUAGGAUAAACAAAUGAUCCACUUAUAAUCUAGUAAAUUUAUAUUUUCAGUGAAAUAAUGUUUGCCUUUUCUGAAAUAAUAUAGAAACUGUCAAURAUAUGUAUGCUGUACAGUACUAAAUAGUAUAUUUAUUCGUUUAUGAAAUUAGGAGUGUUUGGCUAGGAUUAAAGAAAGUUGAGACUUGGAGUUGUAGUUUUAUCCAAGUUUUCAGUAAAAUUUGAUUUUUUWAAAAACACUGUUCUAAAAGUUGAAAUGCCAUAUAGAAAAGCAGCAUUUUUAUAGUUUGUAGUAACUUUUUAAGAUUUUAUCAGAAACUUGUUUAUGGCAAGUAUAAGAAAUACUAGAAAUGGUCCAAAUAAUCACUGAUUUUUUUUUAAGUGCAAAUGACAUUUUAAAUUUAGAAAAAAUGUCUAGUAAAGGUUGACCCAUGUGAUGUGACCAUUUUUUAUAAGUCAAAAAACCAUACUGGCAGUUUUAUGGGGUAAAAAAUAUUCAAAAUCUGUCUCCCCCAAUUGUACUCUCUGGAUGCAAAUAUAUUCUUUUCUAAAGGGAUUUAAAAAUGGGGAUUUUAAAAUAGUGCCACUGACUUAAGAUGCUGCAGUGAAGGAAGUUAUAUUUAGGAUAUUUUUCAGUAAACAUUCUGCACAAAGGUAGUGUUAUACUGGGACACAUCGUUUUUAACAGAUGAGGUAACCAGUUGAAAUAAAGUGAACACUGCCUCCACACCAAGUUUUGUUCUGUAUUUGGUAGUAAAAUGAUCUAAAAAUAAAAGUGGUUUUGUUAGAAAAAAAAAAA